AUGCGCCCCCUCCCGCGGGCCUUGCUCCUGCUGCUGCUGCUGCUGCAGCUGCGGACGCUCGCGGUGACCGCUGGCUCCGGCGCCCCCGACGCGCGGCGGAGCCUGGCGUGGGGCCCGGGGCUGCAGGCGGCCGUCGUGGUGCCCGUCCGCUACUUCUACCUGCAGGCCGUCGGCGCGGACGGGCAGAACCUCACCCGAUCGCCCCCAGGUCAAACGUUAUUCAAAGUAGUAAUCAAGUCUCUUUCACCUAAAGAAAUAGUCCGUAUUCAUGUGUCUAAGCCGCUGGACCGGAAUGAUGGAACAUUUUUGGUGCGAUACAGGAUGUAUGAAAGUGUGAGUGAAGGGCUAAAGAUAGAAAUUUUUUAUGGUGAUGAACAUGUGGCUCAGUCUCCGUACAUUUUGAAAGGACCAGUAUACCACGAGUACUGCAUGUGUCCGAAGGAGGAUCCUCAGGCCUGGCAGAAAACUCUUGCGUGCCCAGCCAGUGAACCCCAGAUUGAGAAAGAUUUUGCUCCUUUUCCCAGCAUCAGUCUUCAGCAGAUGCUAAAUGAAGUCCCAGCCAGGUUUGGGGGAGAAAUGGGCGCCGUUGUUCAUUACACGAUUCUCAAUAACCGCAUCUACCGGAGAAAUUUAGGAAAAUACACAGACUUCAAAAUGUUCUCUGAUGAGAUUUUGCUCUCCCUGGCAAGAAAGGUUGUUCUCCCAGAUUUAGAAUUUUAUGUGAAUCUUGGAGAUUGGCCCUUGGAGCAUAGAAAAGCCAAUGAAAUUCCAGCCCCUUUACCUAUCAUUUCAUGGUGUGGCUCUGUGGACUCCCAGGAUAUUAUCCUUCCAACCUACGACAUCACCCACUCCACACUUGAAGCUAUGAGGGGUGUUACCAAUGAUCUCCUCUCUAUUCAGGGAAACACAGGACCUUCCUGGAUCAAUAAAACAGAGAAAGCUUUCUUCAGAGGCCGGGACAGCCGGGAGGAGAGACUUCAGCUGGUGCAGCUGUCCAAAGAAAAUUCACAGCUCUUAGAUGCUGGAAUCACAGGGUAUUUCUUUUUCCGAGAGAAAGAAAAGGAGCUUGGAAAAGCUAAAUUGGUUGGUUUCUUUGAUUUCUUUAAGUACAAGUACCAAGUGAAUGUGGAUGGGACCGUGGCUGCUUACAGAUACCCGUAUCUCAUGCUGGGUGAUAGUCUGGUUCUGAAGCAGGACUCUCCGUAUUAUGAACAUUUCUAUCUUGAACUAAAGCCUUGGAAACAUUAUGUUCCAGUUAAAAGAAAUCUUAGUGAUUUACUGGAGAAAAUUAAAUGGGCCAAGGAGAACGAUGAGGAAGCCAAGAAGAUUGCCAAAGAAGGGCAGUUGACGGCGCGGGCCCUGCUGCAGCCUCACCGGCUUUACUGCUACUAUUACAGAGUCCUAAAGACGUACGCUGACCGCCAGUCCAGCAAGCCGGAAAUCCGGGAGGGGAUGGAGCCUGUGGCCCAGCCUGAGGACAGCACCGCCACCUGCCACUGCCACGAGGGAAGUCCAGCGAGAGAAGAGCUGUGAGGCCUGGCAGCACCUGAGACAACGUCUCUUGGGGCCUUUCUGCAGGCGUGGAUGGACCGAGCCGAGGAAAAGCAGGCUGCAGGCUGCUGAUGGCUCCAGUGACAGCCAGCCUGCGUGGAAGCUCACGAGAAGACUCGUGAGGGAGAAUUUUUAAUUUAUUUUCUAUUUUAAGUAAUUUUUUGUACUUUGGCACCCUGAUGCCCAACACUGUUCAUAGUCAUAUUUCAGGCCUACGGUGUGGUUACACCUCACCCAGAAGGGAGGGACUAUUUUUUGAUGCUCAUUUACUUCUUUCUAAGUAAGUUGUCUGA